AUGGCGGAAUCGAGCAAGGACGUGGAGGCGCUGGAUCGCGUGCUGUUCCGUCUGGCAAGCGUGGACGACGAACGCAUGCUGCAGGUCCUGCAGUCCCUUCUGCCGCAGCUGCUUGUGCUUUACCCGCGCUCGGUUUCGACGUCGCUCGAGCAGCAACUGAAGGAGAAGGUACUACGCGCCGUGUCCCACAUCAAGACGCGUCUGGACGCCCUGCACCGUCCGGCGCUGCCGCUUGAUGCGUUGUGCCAAGUGCUGCAGCAGUCGGCGCUUUCUGUCGUGUCCCAUAACCUCGCGUUCCUUUUCCUUGAAAUGGGAUUCGACGCGGCGUCGACUGAGCUACAGACGAGAGUGUUGGCGGCUGUUGUCCAGAUCGUCUCACGGCUCUCAGUCUCUCAGCAAGAGACUUUCUGUCGCUUGCUUGUGCGUGCCUUGCCUGUUACUGCCUCUGUGGUUUUUCCGCGCACAGAAGGAGCAGCUCGAGACCAACGAGAAGUGGAAAUGACAUUGAACAGUGACGUGAUUGACCAUGUCAAUGAGGGUAACGACGCCAAUAUCAAUGUCGUGCUGGAUUUUAUUCUCGAUCUUGUGUUGUAUGAACCGCCAAGCUCGACAAGAACAAACGCGACGACGACAUUUGGUUUGAUGACGCCGCGACUGGAGCGAUUACAACGUGUCAAGAUACCACAAUUCGAUCGUGAAGUGUUGUACAAAGUUCAACUUGAUGCGUUGAGAUUGGUGAAGGAGAUGACAAUCCCUACAAGAUGUAAAAUCCCAGUGUACCUUGCCGGUAGCGCUUCUUUCCAUCACGCCGUGAAGGACUUUAGCAACGAGCAGCUGUCACGUGUGGUCAAACUCGAGGAAACAGAGUUAGAGGAUGCUGACGUUGCGCGCCGCCUGAUGGCAUUGGUGCUCGGUAGUCAAGUGGCUCAGUGUGCUGGAGCUUCCGAGAGGGGCAAGUGCGAUCAUGCUGGCCGACCGGACGCGCCUGGCCGAUGCAAGUAUUUUGCAAGCGCUGUCUCUGCUUUCGGCUUCGACCGCAGCCACAAAUGUGCAACCCCUGAUGCUGCAAUUGUUGUGCCACUUGAUGUUCGGCACAGAGCCGUCACGGCCUCGAGGAAUGGCAAGCAAGAUCAAGCUAGCGAGUGUGCAGCUAUGCCAGUGGACAUUUCACCACUGUCAUUUAUCCUUACUUGA